GCCGCCGCAGAGGAAGGCGGGGUUCGCCGGGAAAACGAAACUGAGAGCGAGCUGCUCAGACACCGCAGAGCUUCAGCGGACAGCAGCAGCGCGGGCUGAGCGGAGUCGUCAGGCGAUUCUAGGGACUUCCAGUGCCCUGCUUCCAGCUACCACUGUCUGUCACCUAAACCACUGCAGGAGCCUCACGUGGUCUCCUUACUUCUACUCAUGUUCAUGCCCCACGCCCAUACUCUGUUCUUCACCAGCAUCAGAGUGAUCAGUCAAAAACGCUACUGGAAGACGAAAUGGCCAGUGGUCUUUCAGCAGGUUUCUUCAUGGAGGAACUUAAUAAAUACAGUCAAAAGCAUGAUGUACCAGUUAAAUAUCUUGAACUGUCUAAAACAGGACCUCCACAUGACUUAAGGUUUACAUUUCAAGUUAUUAUAAAGGACAGAGAAUUUCCAGCAGCUGAAGGUAAAACAAAGAAGAUAGCAAAAAAUGCUGCAGCUAAAAUCGCCUAUGAGAUAAUUAAUAAAGAAAAUAAGACGGUCAGCUCUAUAUCACUGCUGACAGCAGACACUUCAGAAGGGCUAUCCAUUGGGAAUUACAUAGGUCUUGUCAAUAGAUUUGCCCAGAAGACACAACUCUCUGUAAAUUAUGUACAAUGUUUUGUGAGCGAACCAAGGGAGUCCGACGUCAGAAGUUCUCCUAGAUUUCAUUAUACUUGUCGAAUUGGGUCGAAAGAAUAUGGUAUUGCUGCUGGUUCUACUAAACAGGAGGCAAAACAAUUUGCUGCCAAACUCGCAUAUGAUGAGAUAACAGGAGAAAAAACAUCAGAGAAAGCUGACUCAGCAUCGUUUGGUUCUUUCGUGACUUCACCCAGUGACUCCAGUGGCGUUUCUUUUGAGACGAGCACAUCCUCUAUUGAAUUAGUACCUGAAAAUGGAUUAUCAGCCAGUGAAUCUGAACAAAAGCACAGCAGUGACAGUUCAAAAGAUUCUUCUUCAUCUUCUGUGGACAGUCUCAGAAAUAAUCAAAGGAAGGUAAAAAGAACUUUGGCGCCUAGAUUUGAUUGUCUUAAGGCAGAAGCAGUCGGGAAUACCAAGCAUACUAUGGACUCCAGGUUUGUUAAGGAUUUUGAAGAAAUAGAACCAAUUGGCUCAGGUGGAUAUGGCGACGUUUUCAAAGCAAAACACAGAAUUGAUAAGAAGACUUAUGUUAUUAAACGUGUUAAAUAUGAUAAUGAGAAGGUAGAGCGGGAAGUAAAAGCAUUGGCGAAUCUUAAUCAUGCAAAUAUUGUUCACUACCAUUAUUGUUGGGACGGAUAUGACUAUGAUCCAGAAAACAGCACAAAUAAUUCAAGGUCAGUGACUAAAUGUCUUUUCAUCCAAAUGGAGUUCUGUGAUAAAGGGACACUGGAGCAAUGGAUCGAAAGCAGAAGAGGCAAGCAAUCAGACAAAGAUUUGGCUUUGGAUUUAUUUGAGCAAAUAACAAAAGGAGUGGCUUAUAUACAUUCACAACGGUUAAUUCAUAGAGACCUUAAGCCAAGUAACAUAUUUUUAGUACAUAUAAAACAAGUAAAGAUUGGAGACUUUGGACUUGUAACAUCCUUGAAAAAUGAUGAAAAGCGAACAGUUGACAAGGGAACAUGGCGAUACAUGAGCCCAGAACAGAUGUCUUUACAAGAAUAUGGAAAUGAAGUGGACAUCUUUGCUUUGGGGCUAAUUCUUGCUGAGCUUCUUCACAUAUGUACUACUGUUCAGGAAACAGUCAAGAUUUUUAACGAUCUAAGGCAAGGCAUCUUCCCAGAUGUAUUUGAUACCAAGGAAAAAAAUCUUCUACAAAAAUUACUCUCAAAAGAUCCCAAGGAACGACUUAAGGCACCUGAAAUACUGAAGACCUUGAAAAAGUGGAAAAAUGAUCCAGAGGAAAAGAAGUCAAAGUCAUGUUAGGGCCCGAAUGAAAAAGUAUCCUGCUGCUGCUUCUGAUUCAUGAUUUUCCUUUAACUGUCUAAAAUCUGCUAGAGAAUAUCAAUAGGUAUUUACCUUCUGCUUUCCUUUUUCCUCUUAAUUUUUUACUACAGUUGCACAAAAGUUUUCAUUGUUUACAUCAAAAGUAUCCUUACCUUUGACUUUUUUUCUAGUUCAUCUCUUUAUUCUGAACAUGGGGAAAAUCCUUCCAAAUUUUUUUUCUUACAUCAAUUAAUGAAUCAAUUAAUAAAUAUAUAUUGAGUAUCUACUCUUUCUAGGCCAAGAAAUAAUGUAAGACCUUCUCUGCCUUAAUUGACUUACAAGCCAGUUGGAUAAAUAGGAUAGUCAUAAAAAGAUAAGUGAUAUUCAAUCUCAUUGGAAAACAAGUUGGCAUUAUCUAUAAAGUUGUUGCACGUACCCUCAAAGCCAUCAUUUCCAUUACUACAUACAUCCUUACAAGAACGUUCAUAGAAGCCUGUUUAUAAUAAAUAAAAGAACCAGAAACAGCCCCUAAUGUCAAUCAUAAAGAGAAUGGAUAAAUACAUUGUAUUAUAGUCACACACUGGAAUACUAUAUAGCAGUGAAAAUGAAUGAAUUGUAGCUAAGUGCAAUACCAUGAUACAUCUCUCAGGAACAUAAUGUUAACUGAACAAAAGAGAUUAUAGGAAGUACAUACAGAAUGAUUCCAUUUAUAUAAAAUUGCAGAACAUGGGAAACUAAGUUAUUUUGUUUAAGGAUCUAAACAAAUAUAGUAAAACAAUAAAGGAAAGAAAGGGAAUAUGAAACAUUAAAUUUAGGAUAGUGCCUUAUAUCUAAUGAGGGAGGGCAGUGAUAUGAUUGUGGAAGUGAAUUUCAAAGGAAAUGGCAACUUUUUUCCUUAAACUGGAUAUUGAGUCCACUAGGAGUGCCAGGGUGGUGCAACAGUUAACACGCUUGGCUGCUAACUGCAAGUUUGGAGGUUUGAGUUAACUCAAGCACUUUGAACGAAAGGCCUGGCAACCUACUUCCAAAAAAUCAGCCAUUGAAAACCCUAUGGAACACAGUGGUACUCUGACAUACAUGGGGUCACCAUGAGUCAUAAACCACUAGACAGCAACUGGUUUUUUUGUGUCUACUAAUGUUUGCUACAUAGUGAUUCUUUUUAUUUUUGUAUUUAUAAUAACAAACACCUUAAAGAGUAGAUAACUCUUGUAAGGUAGUAAGUACAGAAAAAGUCAACCUGGAGGAAUGAGAUCACCUCCUACUAAACAUCAUGGCACAGGGCUUAGAAGAGACAUUUCAAUGGGACAUCCAAGUAUGCAAAGGAUUUGCAUGAGUAGAGGGGUGACCACAUGGGCAGUUGGUACAAGGGGCAUGAGUUCAGGAAAAGAUAUAUUUGAGGAACAUUGGGUACAGUAGUUUGUUGCCCUGAAUUGCUGUAGGGAAUGCCAGAUAAUAAUUUAGACUAUAACUUGGAAGACCCUGCAGGUUAAUUUAAACUUUAUAGUAACCAAUUCACCAUUCUAAAGCUACCAUGUGAUUUUACAGUAUUUUUCAAAUGAGUCAAAUUUAGGCUAAAUAGAAAAUGAGAAGAAUCACAGUAAGAGAAAAUCCUUUUAUAAGGACUUAGAACUAUUUUUAAAGUGUUAAUGAAAAAAAAAAAACAGUUAAUACUUGUUUUCAACUCCCAAUGCAAUAAUUGACUAAA